UAAGUCUUUUAAGUGUCGAAAGCGCUCAAGGUGAUAUAGCUCUGCUAGUGUAAUUGCAUUGAAAGCCGCAAAUUGCAAAGCUAACAGUUGCAUUCGAGCGGGCAAACCGUCUGGUCCUCAUCGAGCAGCAAUGUCGGAAAGCGCUUCGGGCGAUGAAAAUCUAAUUCGAUCCCCCCGCUGUGCCAGGUGUCGCAACCAUGGUAUAGUUUCGUAUCUCAAGGGCCACAAAAGAUACUGUCAAUGGAAAGAUUGUACGUGCACCAAAUGCAGUCUUAUUAUUGAGAGGCAGAGGCUAAUGGCGGCACAAGUUGCUCUCAAACGAGACGAAGAAGAUGCAGUUGGGUACAGAGAGAUGCCCAUUGAGCCAAGUAUGAUGUACCGUGCAAAUACUGAAGAACUUCCACCACAACCGGACAGAAAUAAUAACAUGAGAGUUCGUAGCUUUGGCAGUUCAUCUAGCGAUCCUGCAUCAGAACCAAAAGAUGUGAAACCAUAUUCAGAAGGUUCGCCGGCAAAGCGGCCUAAACUUCCUGACAUGGAGGCACAGUUUCCCUCACCUCCCGAGGCGGGCGACGACAAUGUCUUCUACGAUUCCGACGUCCCCAGAUCCGAACACGGGCGAACAAACCAAGGCGUUCCCGAGCGCUGCACGAACGAAAACGGUGGCUCUCCGACGACAAGAUACGACGUCUCGCCCAGCAAUGGAUUUCAUCAAACCGCCGAACAGUUAGUACGUGGGCGAAUUCCUCCAAUAGAGCUCCUUACCAGGCUCUUUCCGACGCAAAAGCGUAGUGUCCUGGAACUGAUUUUCAAAGGUUGCCAUGGCAACACACUUCAAGCGAUCGAGUGUAUCUUACCGAGCCACGAAAAAGCGAUGUCGAUACUAAAGCAGCCCGAACCCGCGUAUGUACCGUACAACCCGAACAUGCGCCCUACGUAUCACGCGACCAGGCCCCCAUAUAGCCCGCGAUCACCUGGGUACGCGGUUUAUGGUCAGCAGCAAGGUUACACGUAUCCAAUUCUGGAGUAUGUCUCUCACCCAAGAUGCUCUGCGGGGCGUGGCGGAUCCACUGGUGGCAGCGAGCCACCCGAGUCCCCGAUAUAUCACGUACGACCAGCGGCACCACCCACGGAGAACGUGCAAGUCGGGAAAAUAGUGGGCCGCGUAUGCUCCAAGUGCUCUGUCAAGUGCUCAACUAACAGUAACUUUUGUUAUGCCUGCGGGACGAGCUUCAAAGAUAUGUAACGGAAGCUGUGACAUUAAUGUUAAUUGGAAAAUGGAUGAAAGAGAACGGCAACCGCAUCUUUUUUUAUAACAGCUCUCGUAAGAAUUGUCUCUAAAAUUAUUAUAAGGCGAAUGUCGUUGAUACAGCGCUUUUAAAAAAUACGUAGAUCCUUCAUAUAUGGUAGUAAUGGUUAGGGACGCUAUAGUGUACAUAUAUGCAUGACCUACCAGAAAGGUUGCAUUUGAGAAUCCAUGUAGCGUUACCCGCAGUUGUCCAUGGGUAACGUAUAUAUGGCUGAACCCUGGUCUGUGAAAGCCCUUUAUAGGCACAUAAGAAUGCUAUUGCUUUCUAAACCUUGGAUUGAUUUUAUUAUUACUAAUUUGUUACCCAGGAAGCAAUGCGGGUUACGACCCAUGUAUUCUCCGAGUGCAACGUUAUCUUGGUUAAACCAAGAACUCUCCAAAAAUAUGGAAAAACCUUUUCCAAAACCGUUAUAAAAGAUAAUCACCUAACGUUUGUUUUAAGCUUUUUUGUCUAACAUCAGCACUGCAUACAUUUGUUUUAUUGAGAUGUGACUAUAAAUCUAUGUUGCAAUAAACAACCAAAACUCUUGCAAAAA